AUGCGGCGAGUACAUCAGGACGUGCUGCGAUCGCUCGAAGAGAACAGCAGAGCGAAUGUAAGUGCUGCUAUCCAGACGAUGCUUGCAAAUGAACUUCGGUUUUCGGAGGAGUACGCCGUGUUCUACCACAGCUACUCCAGCUCUUGCAUACUCUACGAGUUGCAAGCCGUGCUUGCGGCUUUCUUCCUCGGCUACCCGGAAGAGGGCCCGCCGAUACUACGCUUGACCAGGGCUCCCUUCGAGAACAUGUCGUCUCUGCAGCAGCUGCUGGACCUCCGCAAAGCUGGCAUCAGCGACCGCACCCCAGAGUUCCGAGCCCUGGCUAUUUCUGUGUUUUGUUCUUGCUUUGCCUCGGGAGGCUAUGGGAGGAGCAUGUUGGAAAACUACCUUGUCAGCGGAUACCACACGCCGCAUGACACCAGCGGUGACAUCCGACGGCUGCUGGAGCUGGUCUUGGAGCCAGCCGGGGAGCUCGAGGAGCUGCCGGCCUUGCUGUCCGGCAUCCUGGCGCUUGGCCAGGAGUUUGAAGCUCCCAUCGAGCGGGCGAAAGGAGCAGCCAAACGCAGAGGGCAUGUCCUCCAGAUCUUCCUCCAUCACUCCGUGGUGGAUGCCGUCGUGUAUGGGGCCCAGCCCUUGGGUUCCCUGGCACCACAGAGGGUUCCCUUCUCCGAGUGGCUUCGACAGCAGUGCCCGGUGGAGGGCCAAGCGCGUCUCCUGAUGCAUCCCGACCUCUUCAUUGACACACGCCGCGGCCUUGUACACAUCGUGGCCUUGAGCCCCGAACGGCCCUUCGACCGUCUUGGCUUGCGCCGUCGCCUCCGGGAGCUUCUUGGGCCCCACCUGGCGAAGGCCUCACAGGAGGACCUGAAGGCCUCCCUUGGAUUUCGAGACAGAGAGGAGACGCCCUCCGCUACGCAGGUCUCACCAGAAAUGGUGUAG